UGGUGCUUUCGGACGGCCACGGACCCCCGCGUGAGUAACGCUUGUGCAGAGGCACGGUUGAGCCAGCUGUCAGUGCUACACGCACGUUCACUCAUUCAGACUGAUGGAGACUUCAGGUCUGACCGCGCGUGAAGCGCCGCAGGCUUCAUUUCUCCAGCAAACUAACAAGCUGUGGACACUGAUGACUUGCCUGAGUGUGUUGUCAGAAUUACUAAAACAUGGUCCUGGAAAGGUUGUUACCUGGAAGGAACGAGUCUAUGAUUGUUUGAUAUAAACCAACACCAACUAACUGCAGAGGAGGCGGAACAAUGCCAGCCUCCGCCCUCUCUCCACCAGUUCCACCAAUCACUGCUCUGAACUGUUCCUUGGACAUAUCUAAUUGCUCCUUCACUAACCUCUCCACAAUCGCAUAUGGCGACGAGUGCUACGGCAGCCACUCUUUGUUUGUUGUGAUGGCCAUUGCCUACAGUGCUGUGGUACUUUUGGGUGUUGUCGGCAACCUGGCUCUCAUCCUUGUCAUCGCACGGCAGCGGGAACUUCACAAUGUCACAAACGUCCUAAUCGCAAACCUCUCUGUCUCGGACCUGCUGAUGUCCCUAGUGUGUCUGCCGUUCACCUUCAUCUACACCUUCAUGGACCACUGGGUGUUCGGCGCGGUCAUGUGUAAACUCAACAGCCUGGUCCAGUGCUGCUCCGUGUCAGUGUCCAUCUUUUCCUUGGUUCUGAUCGCCAUUGAGAGACACCAGCUCAUCCUACACCCUCGCGGAUGGAGGCCGAGCCUGAACCAUGCCUGUCUGGGCAUCAGCCUCACUUGGGCCCUGGCCACCCUCACUGCCACACCCUUUCUGUUAUUCUCCAGGGUGACAGACGCCCCGCUGAAGCAGCUGCCCUCAGUGUUUCAGGAGCAGUACAGGGGAAAGGUGGUGUGUGUGGAGGAGUGGCCCUCCAGAGAAAUCAAACUCACCUACACCACUGGCAUGCUGGUGCUGCAGUACAUCACUCCUCUCACCUUCAUCUUCAUCUGUUACUUGAAGAUCUACACACGUCUACAGCGGCGUAAUAACAUGAUGGACAGAAUACGUGAAAACAAAUACCGUAGCAGUGAGACUAAACGGAUUAACAUCAUGCUCUUUUCCAUUGUCGUGGCAUUUGCGGUUUGCUGGCUCCCGUUGAACGUCUUUAAUGCUGUCAUCGACUGGAACCACGAAGUGGCUAUGAACUGUACCCACAAUCUGCUGUUCUCGCUGUGUCACUUGACUGCAAUGUGCUCGGUCUGCAUAAACCCGGUGUUCUACGGGUUCCUAAACCGCAACUUCCAGCGUGACCUCCGGGCCUUCCGACUCUGCAAGAUUGUGUCAGCACGGGAAAAUGAAUAUGACAUGGUUGCAAUGUCAACUAUUCACACGGAUGUGUCCAAGAUGUCACUGAAAAUUAGUAGCUUAGAUCUCUAGUACAGUUUUGUAAAUUAUACUCUUGUCUGUGUUCUGAAAAAUGCCUCUCUUUAGAUUUAGUUCAAAAGUGUGCAUUUACAAUAAGAGUGAUUGUAAGUAAACAUAACUAUUGAAGUCAGGACUGUUGCUGCAACUGUUUUCCAAGCUCUGUAUUAUAGUAUACUCGUAAAAUUGUACAUACAAAAUCAAGCGAGGAUGCUGAAUACAUUUCUUGCAAACAUCCAGUGUCCAGCAUCAGUGAGGCCUCUUUGGGACCGAGUCAAUGUCUGAAGACAUAACAGAAAUUGUCUGAGGUUCAGAUGAGUGGACUGAGCUUUGUUCACUAAGAUGAAAUCUUCUUGCUGCGUGUUUGACUUGGAGAGAAGAAAGCAGGAAUGAAAAUUAAUGCAAAGCCCAAGAGGUCACAAAUUCAAAGAUGGAUUUAAAUGUAUAAUGAAUGUCAGAUGUGACUUUUUAGAGAAACUCCGAACUAUUUCUAUGCUGGAUUAAUUUUUUGGAGUUGGACCAAAACUAAAUUGAUUUUCUUCUUAGUUAUUCCUUUGACAAACCAAGCCUGCGGGAAGUAAAAGCCUGUUUUAAGAGGCAUUCACAUGGACAGCAAUUUGCAGGAACAAAGUGACCUGACAUUGUUCAUUUUCAAAGAGACUUUGCGAUUUCUGAUGUCACGAGUGAGAGCGACUGAUGGCGAUGUGACAAAGCUGUGCAGAGCGGCACGCAACCUCCAGCCAUUUAAAUGCUGUCAGUGUGAACAAGGCUGUUGUGCUAUUGCUCACAGUGGUUUAUUUUAAACCAGGGCAUCCAGUUCUGCUCCUGGAAGGCCAAUGUCCUGCAGAGUUUAGAUCCAUACCAGAAUUAAAACACAAAACCAGAUAAUCGAGGUCUUUAGAAAGGAUUGGGUAACCCUUCUUUAAACAGUUUUUUGUUUGUUCUGUUUUGUUAUUUUCAAUCCAUAUUACACACAAACAAACAAAUAGGAAUGUGUCAGUAUAGUUUAAUAAAUGUACAUCUUCACUGAUGCAUAAUGAUUGUAAUUGAUGCUUUGCUAUUUCUAAUUUGAUAUUAAUUACCUCUAUUAUGUUAUGUGUGAUAUACUAUUGUUUAUUGACAGAUUUUCAGUAUAUUUUUGAGAUUCAUUCCUUCAUUAUUAGAAGAAAAAAUGUUUUGCCAAUGUAAUGCCUUCACCACUUGUUUUAUGGUCACUGUGGUCAUUGAAGUUUUCGUUUUUAGACUACCAUUAAAAGUGUAGUGGCAAAAAUAUUUUUUGAUGAUUACCCUCAGAAAUUACAAAAUGAUAAAUAGAAUACCACUGAAGUGGUUUAUCAAGCUCCUCUAUUGCUGAGCAGACUAUCAUGUGCUGUUGUUGGGAUUUUGCCAACAUCAGUGAUUGAUCCGUUUUAAAUUACCGCAACAACAUAAUCACAAAAAGAUCAAUCCAGUACAAAAGAGUCCCAGAUUACAAAACAAUGCAGUUAUAGAGAUUUGCUAUGGCAUUAUGUUUGUGCGUGGUAGGUCACUGUGCUUUUGGAGUACAUAAUGUUCCAUAUACUGUAUAUAUAAUUAAUUUGCUGAAGAUAUUUUUUAAUCUUUUUGGAUUUCAGAUUUCUAUUGUUCAUUUUUGACUUUUUUUUUUUUUUCAAAAAGCCCAUUGCAUGUUCUAAAUAUAGAGCGCAAUACUGAAAACACAUUUCAAACAAUAUAUAUCCUGAUAUUAAUUCUGACGUUUUUUUACAGUUUAAUUUACUUUUUCAGUUUUUUAUUUUGAUUUAUUUUGAUUUUUAAGUUGCCAUCAAUAUGACAGUUGCUGGUGCAAACAAGUGAGCAAAAAUGCAUAUCUUAAAAAGGAAGAAGCAUUUCAUGUUUACUUUCGGUGUUAGAGAAAGCUCUUUAACUUCCCACAAGAGCUUAGCGACACAGGGCCAGAAUUGGAGCAACAAAAAUAUCACAACACAAGCAAACCCAUUUGACAGAUUUAUUUAUUUAUUUAUUUAUUUUGAAGUGUAAGUGAGCGCUGAUGCUCUUGCCACCAUUAUAGGGAAUCAAGGGGGAAUAGUGUGCUGGGAAAAUAACAAGCAAAAUAAUUAAAUAUGUAUUUCCAGAACCUGCUGUUUUCGUUCUCAAUAUUCCAACUGUCUGUUACUUGAAUGGAAUAUUUUACUGCCAGUGUGGAUAUCCUGUGGAUUCUGCAGUGCUGUUCCACUUUUUAUAUUGUUCAUAUCCAUGCUUUCUCUAUGGCAGUUUUUCAAGAUCUCUGUCAUUGUCCCUUUGUUACAUUAAGACACAUCAAGUCUAAUAAGAUGUUCUGCAGUGCAUCAUAGAUCAAAAUCAUCCAUGUUUGCUUCACUGAGUGCAGUGAUCUUUUCUCUCUGAUAGGGAAUUAUAUCAAAUGACC